AUGGAGGCUCCGUACUCUGAGCCUGGCCCAGCUCCAGACACAGAGCCUGACGCAGGCCCUGAUCCCAACCCUGAUCCCGGGCACUAUCCUCCGCGGGUGUGUCGCAUCUGCCUGGAAACCGUGCUGCCAACAUUCCAGCCCUCCGACCUGCCUGGCUUCCUAGCAAAACCCCAAGUCGUCUACGAGUCCUCCGACCCGACCCUGGGCCGUCUGCUCCGCCCCUGCAAAUGCCGCGGCUCAUCACGCUAUGUUCACGAAGCCUGCCUGCAGUCCUGGCGACACGCCGACCCGGGGUAUGGCAAACGGAACUACUGGCAAUGCCCAACAUGCGGCUUCCAGUACCGGCUUGGGCGGCUGACGUGGGCGCGCUGGAUCAGUAGUGCCUUCACGCAGCUGCUUUUGACACUCGCCAUUCUGCUUCUUGCUGUCUUUCUACUUGGUUUCGUUGCUGACCCCAUCAUUGAUCUCUACCUGGACCGCUGGGACCUUGACUACGCCGACCUGGUGGUCGAUCCCAGCAGCAGCCUGGAUCCGGACAAUUCGUCGUGGUUCCAGCACUUCGUCAAGGGACUGGCGUCGCUGGGCGUGCUGUCGAUUCUGAAGGUCGCUUGGGCCGCUUCGCCGUGGUACUGGAAUGUGCGGGCCACGGCGGGCGUGAUGACCUCCACCAACCGAUCUACAGGUCGCAGUCGCUUUGCUUCGCUGGGCUGGCUGAUGAUUGUGAUUGGCGUCGGCACCUUUCUCUGGGCCGUGUAUAAAGGCGUCCGGUCGUGGAGUAAACGAACCCUAGAAAAAGCCGGAGAGAAAGUGAUGGAUGUUCCCUUGCCCGACGAAGAUGAUGUCCAAAAAGAGGACUGA